AGCAAAUGGGAAAACAAUUCGAAAAUGUUAAAAGAAAUCAAUUAUUAAACAAUAUUUUUUUAAUAUUUUACAAAAUACAUCCAUUCCUGGAUCACCAUAUGCAUUACGGAAUGUUAUAUAGUAUAUAAAAAGUCCCUAGCGUAGAAGUUAUGUAACUCUGGCCAUCACUUCAUUUACAUUUAAAAGUUGGGUUAUAUGGAUUAGGUUAUGUUCAAUUUCAUGAAAAAUUUGGCAACAUGACGUUUAUGAAAUUUAUGAAUCCUAUAUUUAGAUAUCGAUCUCAAAUACUUUCUAACAAUUUAUUCUGCCAACAAAUCAGGACAUGCAAAACUCGCCAGUCCGCAGUAACAAAAUCAGUGAAGACUGAGGUCGACACAAAUGUAAAACCGAUAGGAGAAAAGGUGAAAGAGACGACAAAGACUGCCUCAUAUUUAGGAAUAAUUUUGUUAGGAGUUGGGGUAACUGGUACAUUAUUUUAUGCAGUUUUUCAUGAGCUAUUUUCAAGUAAAAGCCCCAAUAACGUUUAUUCACAAGCAGUAGAAAGAUGUAAAUCAGACGUGAGAGUUCAGGAUAAACUUGGGCUUCCAAUUUCGGCAUUUGGGGCUGAGACAAGUCGUCGUCGCAGACAGCAUGUUAGUCACAUCAUUUUCCAAAGGGAAGGACGGCAGUGCAUAAGAAUGAAAUUUUACCUUAAAGGAAGUUUUCAUCAGGGCACUGUCCAAUUAGAAAUGAUUCAGAAUGAUUCGGGCAAUUAUGAGUACCGUUAUAUGUUUAUCCAAGUUGAUGAUUUGUUACAAACUACAUUUAUUUUAGAAGACAACAGAGACAAAUUCACUUCUGCACCACAGUUGGAGUUGUCAUUGUAAAUAAAAUUCUGUAAAUACAAAAAUAUAAAAAUU